CGAGGGCGGGGGGGUCACCAUGAGCCUGAUGCUGGAGACGCUGCUGGGCCCCCCGGGGGGGCUCCGCAAGGAGCCGGGCCGCGCUCCCCGGGGCUCCGUCGCCUCCAGCGGCUUCCACUCGUGGCCGGCGCCGGUGCCGGUGCGGGCGCGGGGCGCGGGGGGCGGCGGCGGCAGCGCGGCCGCGUCCUCCACCGAGAGCCUGGACUCGCUGAACGGCGAACCGCGGGCGCGCAACGAGAAGGAGCUGCUGCAGGUGCUGAACGACCGCUUCGCCGGCUACAUCGAGCGGGUGCGGGCGCUGGAGCAGCAGAACCGGGCGCUGGCGGCCGAGGCGGCGGCGCUGCGGCAGCAGCAGGCGGGGCGCUCGGCCAUGGGCGAGCUGUACGCGAGGGAGCUGCGGGACAUGCGGGGCACCGUCCUGCGCCUGGGAGCCGAGAAGGGGCAGCUGCGGCUGGAGCGGGCCCGCCUGGCCGAGGACGUGGCGGCGCUGCGGGGGCGGCUGGAGGACGAGGCCCGGCAGCGCGGGGAGCUGGAGGCGGCGGCGCGGGGUCUGGCGCAGCGCUCGGCGCAGGAGGAGCGGGCGCGGGCGCCGCUGGAGGAGCGGGCGCGGGCGCUGCGGGAGGAGGCGGAGAUGCUGCGGAGGCAGCACCGCGCCGAGGUGGGAGCGCUGCUGCGGGGGGCGCGCCCGGAGCCCCCCGCCGAGCCCCCCGCCGCGCUGCGCCCCGGGGUGACGGCCGCGCUGCGGGACCUGCGCGCUCAGCUGGAGGGCACGGCCGCCCGCAGCACCCUGCAGGCGGAGGAGUGGUUCCGCGUGAGGCUGGACAAGCUGUCCGAGGUGGCCAAGGUGAACACGGACGCCAUGAGAGUGGCCCAGGAGGAGAUCACCGAGUACCGCCGGCAGCUCCAGGCCAAGACCACCGAGCUGGAGGCCCUCAAAGGGACCCAGGAGUCACUGGAGAGGCAGAGGCAGGACUCAGAGGAGCGGCAUCACGCUGAUGUCCUGUCCUACCAGGAAACCAUCCAGCAGCUGGACAGCGAGCUGAGGAACACCAAGUGGGAGAUGGCAGCUCAGCUCCGGGAAUACCAGGAUCUGCUCAACGUCAAAAUGGCCCUGGACAUCGAGAUUGCUGCCUACAGAAAGCUCUUGGAAGGGGAGGAAUAUCGGCUCGAGACUGGCAUUGGGAUGCUCUCCUACCCCGAGGUGGUCCCCAAGGCUCCCAGCAUCACCACCAACAUCAAGGUGAAGAGCGAGGAGAAGAUCAAGGUGGUGGAAAAGUCAGAGAAGGAGACGGUGAUUGUGGAGGAGCAGACGGAGGAAAUCCAGGUGACCGAGGAGGUCACGGAGGAGGAGGAGGCUGAGAAAGAGGCUGAAGAGGAGAAAGCUGAAGAGGAAGAAGAAGAAGAGGAGCAAGCUGAAGAGGGUGAAGAAGAGGCUAAGUCUCCUGCAAAAGAGGAGGCCAAGUCCCCAGAGAAACCUGAGUCCCCCUCAAAGGAGGAGGCCAAGUCCCCUGAAAAGCCCCCAACCCCCUCCAAGGAGGGGGCCAAGACCCCGGCUGUGAAGUCCCCAGAAAAACCUGCAACCCCCUCCAAGGAGGAGGCCAAGAGCCCAGCUGUGAAGUCACCAGAGAAGGUCAAAUCUCCCGGGAAGGAGGAGGCCAAGUCUCCACAGAAGGAGGAGGCCCCGGCCAAGGAGCCAACCCCUGCUCCGAAGGAGCCGAAAGCCCCCGCCAAGGAGGAGCAGCCCAAGGAACAGCCCAAGGCUCCCUCCAAGGAGGAGGGAAAGAAGGAGGAAGCUCCCAAGAAGGACGUCCCAGCCAAGGCAGAGGAGAAACCCAAAGAGAAGGUGGCUGCAGUGCCAGAGCCUCCAGCCCCACAGGUGAAGGAGACCCCCAAGCCAGGCCCCAAACCCGCUGAAGAAGGAAAAGCCGAGAAGGAAACUCCACCAAAACCUCAGCAGGAGGUCGGCAAAGCGGCCGCCAAGGAGGCUGAGAAGCCAAAGGCUGAGGAGAAGGUGGAGGAGCCAAAGAAGAAAGUAGAGGAGCCAAAGAAGGAGAAGGCGGAGGAGCCAAAGAAAGUGGAGGAACCCAAGAAGGAGAAGGUGGAGGAGCCCAAGAAGAAGGUGGAGGAGCCCAAAAAGGCGGAGGAACCCAAGAAAAAGGUGGAGGAACCCAAGAAGGAGAAGGUGGAGGAGCCCAAGAAGGCGGAGGAGCCCAGGAAGGAGAAGGCAGAGGAACCCAAGAAAGCGGAGGAGCCCAAAGCCCAAGCAAAACCCAAAGAUGAGCCCAAAGCCAGCAAGGACCCCCCCAAGGCCGAGGCCCCCUCCGGCAAGGAGGGCAUGGCCCCAGAGCCGGCUCCCAGCACAGGGAAGAAGUGAGAGGAGAGUCCUGGGUGCCAACGGGCACUGCGGGCACGGGGGCUGCUCUGCCCCCCCCGAGGGCCGGGCCCGGGGUGGGACCCCCAGGCUGGGCUUCCCCUUAGCAAUAGGCCCUGUGAGAGCCGCAGGGUGGGCGACGCUUCCCUCGCAGAACGUGAUCCCCACAUUUAACACUUGAAUUAUAACCCAGGAGAAGGGGGGAGACCCCCCGGGGACACCCCCAGGGACACCCCUUCUCCUCUAAGUGCAUUUAUUCAAUGUAUGUGCAACGGAUGGACGAGUGCAAUGCAGAGCUGUAGCUGCUUGGGGGGGGCUGGCGGGGUCUGGGGGGAAGGACUGUCCCCUGGAGCAGCGGUGGGAGAGGCUGGGAGCUGCAGGAAUGCUCCCAGGCACGGGCUGGGAGCUGCAGGAAUUGCUCACAGACACACACACGGGUGCACCAGGAACCUCAGCCCACUGAUCUUUGCUUACUGUGCAAUAACCAAAUAAAAGUGCUUACGGAGA